CAUACCGCCAGCUUUAGAUACAUAAAUAUUAGCACAAAGCGCUAUAACCCGCUAAAAUUGACAACAAUUAAUUACCAAAAUACAGUUGUACCAUUGCACCGAUAUGCCAAAACUACUUGUACCGUUAGAAACGUGUUAAACUGUACCUCCCAAAAAUUCUAACUUGACCAUGAAAGACUCAUUUUUCGUCCGACCUUUAAACGAUGGGAUGAGGCAACAGAUUCACUUUUCGGUGUAUAAAAAAAGAAUUUGCAAAUGCAGACCUCAUAUCGAUCUGUGAUUCGGUACAAGAAACUUAUUAUCAGAAGAUGAAAUCAUUUGUUGUAGCCUUUGCUUUGGUAGCUGUCGUCUACUCAGCUACCACACCCAUUCCCAUCAUCAGUCAAAACCAAGACAGCAGUCCAGACGGUUCUUUUUCGAACUCCUUCGAAUCAGGAAACGGGAUUCAAGCCCAAGCUUCCGGAAUACUGAAGAAUCCCGGAGUUAAAGACGCCGAAGCUUCCGAGAUUCAAGGUUCCUUCUCCUAUACCGCCGAAGAUGGUACUCCCAUCCAAGUAAACUACAUUGCUAAUGAACUUGGAUUCCAAGCUCAAGGAAACCAUCUUCCCGUUCCACCAGUAGACACCAACACCCCACCCACUCCACCACCAAUUCCAGCAGCUAUCCAGAGGGCACUUGACUGGAUCGCAGCUCAUCCUAUUCCAGAGUUGCAAAACUAAGUACAAAAUUUGUUAGGAA